UUAGCGUCGCACAGACGCGCUCCACAGUCAAUUUUGCCUCUCGCUCUCGCUUCAUAGUCCGUCUUGCUCCCUCGCGGAAGUCCGAUAGUUCCGAUAGUUCUUCUAGGUGUAACGGUAAAGUUGGGCCCUGCAAAAUGGUGCAAUUGAACGAGAAAAACGAGGAUCAACUGAUGGACAAACGGAUUUCGGAGCUGCAGGAGUGGCUCAAAACGCAGCCGCAGUUGCCGCAGAAUAUAUCCCGAUUGCUACUGCGCCGCUUUCUGCACACAACCCGAAAUGAUCUGUCGGCCGCCCAGCGACUCAUGGAACUCAAUUACGGACUGCGAAACAAGCAUGCCCACAUCUUCAUCGAUCGCGAUCCGCUGGACGACAGUUCCCAGCAGUUGCUGCAAGUCGCAGAUCUGGUGCCGUUGCCCGGUUUGACCCCGGAAAACAAUAAGCUGCUCUUUUACCGCCUUAUCGACUUUGAUGCGGACAAGUUCAACUUCACGGCUGCGAUCAAGGUGUUCUUCAUGGUGGCCGACUGUCGAUUUGCCACGGAGGAUGAGGAGCGUCUGUCGGACGGGGAGAUACCCGUGUUCGACAUGGCUGGCUAUACGCUGCGCCACCUGACCAAAACGGCCUUGGGCGCCCUGCGGGUCUACAUGAAGUUCGUCCAGGAGGCGCACCCCGUGCGGCUCAAGGAGAUCCACGUGAUCAACUGCCCCUCGUUUGUGGACAAGGUGAUGGCCGUGGUUCGGCCGUUCAUCAAGGGCGAGGUCUUUAAGUUGAUCCACUUCCAUUUGCCCGACUCGGAGACCCCAUAUCGCCACUUUCCGCGCUCCAUGUUGCCGGAGGAAUACGGCGGCGAGGCGGGAAAGAUGUCCGAUCUGAAGCAGCAGUGGAUGCAGUUGCUCAAGGAGCAGAGGGAUUACCUAAUGGAUUCGGAAAACUGGCAGAUUAACAAGGCCAAAAAGAACGGUCAGCGAAAGUUCAGCGAUUCUGGAGUUACACAAGGUCUACGCUCUCUUGAAAUUGAUUAGUCGCCGCGCGCACAACUGUACCUUAAUAUUUAAGGCCUUUACCGAGUUUUACCUUCUUCAAGAUUCUGCAAAAGUGAAUUUAGCUAAAAUUAGGUUUUCAACGUAAAUUUAAUUUGGAUUUUAUUAGCUUUGCUUUUGAUUUACGAUUCAAUUUAAUUAUUUUCCUCUUGAUUUUGAGAAUCUUUUACAAUUUAAAAUCUAAGAAUUUUGUGGGAGUCUAACGUAAUUAUUUUUUUUACCCUUCAAUGAACUCUUUUAGACUUAAAGUUGGAUAAAAAUAUAUCAGAAUUAAUAGGCAAAAUUCGAUUAGGCUCAAGGCACUUUUGCGAAUCCUGGUGAAUGUGAUAGUCGGAUAUUGCCCCAUCCAUCUAUUGUAUUUUUGUUUUGUUCUCGUUCCACUUCCCAGCUGGGCUUGGGUCUAUGUAAAUAUAUGUAUGCUAUG